AGAUAGCAUCCAAACACAUUAAUUUUGAUGUGGGGUGCUAAGUUCGCCUAGGAGGAUUAAUAUCUUGAAAACUAACUUUUAUUUUCUAAACAGCUCUAGAUUUGACAAAGAAUGUGCAAGUGCAAGCAAUCAUAGGGCCCACGAAUUCAAUGCAGGCAAGUUUCGUCAUAGAUCUUGGAAACAAAUCUCAAAUACCUAUCAUCUCCUUCUCCGCAACAAGUCCUGAUCUUAAUUCUAUUCGGAGCCCAUACUUUUUCCAAGCAACUGUAAACGACUCAUCUCAAGUCAAAGCCAUCAGCGCCAUUAUCCAAGCCUUUGGAUGGAGGCAAGUUGUGCCCAUACAUGUAGAUAAUGUGUUUGGAAAAGGGAUUAUACCGUACUUAUAUGAAGCCUUGGAAGAGGUUGAUGCUCGGAUUCCAUACAGGAGCAUUAUCUCCCCUAGGGCCACCAAUCAAGAAAUUGAAAUAGAGCUGUAUAAGGUAAUGACAAUGCAGACUAGAGUCUUCAUUGUUCAUAUGGGCCCAGAUCUUGGAUCUCGAAUUUUUCGCAUAGCAAAAGAGAUUGGAAUGAUGGGUGAAGGAUAUGUUUGGAUAAUAACUGAUGGGAUGACUAAUCUUUGGAGUGUAAUUGAUCGUUCCGAUGUGGAUUACAUGCAGGGGGUAUUGGGUUUAAGGAAUUAUGUUCCGAACUCAAAAGAGUUAAAAAGAUUUGAGAAACAAUGGAAAUUGAAAUUUCUACAAGAUAAUCCUGGUAUGGGGAAUGCUAAAUUUGACAUUUUUGGAUUAUGGGCUUAUGAUGCCACAACUACACUUGCCAUGGCAGUGGAAGAGGUAUUUGGCACCACAAAUUUCAACUUCGAUGCAGCAAAUGUUUCUCAAAAUGGUCCCACACUCAUUCAGGCUUUAUCAAGGAUGAGACUUAAAGGUCUUAGUGGGGAUUUUGGCUUUAUUAAUGGGCAACUUGAGUCGCCUAUUUUCCAAAUUGUUAACUUUAAUGGAAAUGGUGAAAAUGGGAUUGGGUUUUGGACACCAAACCAUGGACUAGUUAGAAGACUAGAAGUUACAAACGUAACAAGGUAUUCCACUUCCAAGGGCAAUCUUGGAUCCAUCAUAUGGCCAGGAGAUCCCCAGUCCAUUCCCAAAGGUUGGGAGAUUCCAAUAAAUGGGAAGAGAUUGAAGAUUGGGGUGCCGAUGCAAAACGGAUUUACUGAACUUGUUAAGAUAGCAUUGGAUAAUAGUACUAAUUCAACUACUUUCUCUGGAUACUGCAUAGAUGUCUUCAAUGCUGUCAUGAAUGUAAUGCCAUACCAUGUCCCCUUCGAUUUCUACCCCAUUAAACUAGGCGAGGAGGAAACUUACAACAAUCUAAUUGAUGAAGUGGUUUAUGGGAAUUAUGAUGCGGUGGUGGGAGACAUUUCUAUUAUAGCAAAUAGGUCAAAAUAUGUUGAAUACACAUUACCAUUUGUGCAAUCUGGCGUGGAGAUCCUGGUGCCCAUACGAAAUGAUGUAGAUAAGAAUGCAUGGGUGUUCCUGAAGCCUUUAUCGUGGGACCUCUGGAUCACCAGCAUUUGCUUCUUCACCUUUUUGGCAUUUGUUAUCUGGGUUCUUGAGCAUAGAAUUAAUGAAGAAUUUCGUGGACCGCCAUUGCAUCAUGUUGGAACUAGCUUUUGGUUCUCCUUCUCAACCAUUGUUUUUGCUCACAGGGAGAAGGUGUUAAGCAAUCCAGCAAGGAUUGUGGUGGUGAUAUGGUGCGUUGUAGUAUUCAUUCUAACGCAGAGCUACACAGCAAGUUUAACUUCUCUUUUGACAGUUCAACAGCUACAGCCAACUGUAACUGAUGUAAAUGAGUUGUUGAUGAAAGGGGAGAAUAUUGGGUACCAGAUUGGCUCCUUCGUUCGAGAAAUCGUCCUGGGGUUGAAAUUUCAUCCAUCCCAAAUAAAGACAUAUUAUUCCCCGCAACAUCUUGAAGAACUUUUUACCAAGGGAAGUGCUAAUGGGGGUAUCGCAGCUGCAAUAGAUGAAAUCCCCUGCUUGAAUGUGUUUCUUGCACAACAUUGCAACAGAUACACAACCUUGAAAGCACCAACUUUUAGGUCUGGUGGCUUUGGAUUUGUCUUUCCAAAAGGUUCUCCUCUUGCAGCAGAUGUUUCUAGAGCAAUCCUAGAGUUCAUCCAAAGUGAUAGAGCAGAGGAAAUUGAAAACCCACUAAAGAGACAACCUAUAUGUUCAACUACCUCGGGUUCAACAAACAAUCUAAGUCUUGGAAGCUUUUGGGGCCUUUUUCUCAUUGUCGGGGUGGCCGGAGUAUUAGCUCUUCUAUGCUAUGCAAUUGAGUUUUUGUAUGGGCAAAAGGAUGUCUGGUGCAAGUGUGACACGGGAAUUUCAAUGUGGAAAAGAAUCCUUCAAGUAUUACGAAACUUCGACCAGAGAGAUUUGACCUCACAGGCCUUUAGGCAACGUGAAUUAAAAGAGGAAGGCAGUAUUGAAGUCAUUCGAGUUAGAGGUGAUGUUGAGACCCCUGUCAAUGCUCCUAUUGAGACCCUUGAUGAAGAGCCUAAUGAUAUACGUACUGCAACAGAAUCUAGAGAAAUAGAUAUUCAUCAUGCUAACACAAACAGCUCAUGAAAGAGCAGUGGACAAUGCUAUUUCUAUUUAGGUAUAUUAAGGGAUUUGGAGAAUAAAAAAUAGAGAUUAGU